GACAGCCAGGAACAGUCAGUCGUCAGGAGCGAUUCUUCAGAAAAGGCGAUUCUUCGGAAAAGCCAGGAGCUCAGGCAGAUUAAGAAUACCGUGACUCUGAAGAAACGGCCGCAGACUUCUUAUGGAGUUAAACGUGCGGUGCUUGAACUGUGGGUGUGAACUAAGAUGGGUGUGUGUGAUAGGGCAGUGCCAUUGCCCUCAAAACGGUAAUGGUGAGCCAUUGACAGCGCAUGAUGUCCAUCUGAGGAAUAGACGGGAAGAUACUCCCGGUUCAGGGAGUGAUCAUAACCGUGGCGACCAUGAUGAUGGUUAUGAUGAUGAUGAUGAUGAUGAUGAUGAUGAUGAUGAUGAUCGUGAUGAUGAUCAUGAUAAUGAUGAUGUGGAUAAUAAUGAUGAUGAUGAUGAUGAUGAUUAUAAUGGUGAUAUGAAUCGUUGGAAUCAGAAGACAGGGGAUGGCGACAAUGAUGGCGAUAAAGAAUUGUUGGAAUGGUUGGAAUCACCUCAAAACGGUGACGACUAUGAUGAUGAUGAUGAGGAGGAGGAUAAUGGUGGCAUGAAUCAUUGGAAUCAGAGGAGUGCGGUUAAAGAAAGGGAAGUUGAUAACGCAGGUCUGGGUGGUACACUUUAUUGGGAUAUAAGAAAAGAAGUGAAGACAGGAGAGUCUAUUUCAAGGAUUCUGGCGACAUGAAAGGCAGUGAGCAGGAGGACAAUGACAACAGUGUUGGAAAAGCUCGUACCUGGACGGGGAGGAGGCGGGAAUGGAGAAUUCCUUGGUGCGGAGAGAGAACGUGUGUGUGUGNAGAGAGAGAGAGAGAGAGAGAGAGAGAGAGAGAGAGAGAGAGAGAGAGAGAGAGAGAGAGAGAGAGCUCACUGAAUCAUCAUUGAAUCAUUGAGCAUCGCCGGGCGGAGAGAUCAUUGAACCUUGGCUGAGGGGCCCCAGAUCUCCACGAUAGGGUUGCCCUGGACCCAGUUUCCAGCAGGUGCAGCUCCCCACGAAUAAAUUGGAGCCCAAGGG